AUGAGCUUCCGUCGACGGUUGAAGGGUAAGAAGAUCCCCGAGGGGUUCGAUGCGAUCGAACCCGCGAUCGAGGAAUUCGAACAACAAAUGCGAGACGCCGUGAGCGAGGAACACGAGGGGAAGCGGAAGAAUGAGCUGGGGUGGCGGAUACACCGCGUGCACUGGGAAAAGAAUCGCUUCCUGUUCGAUUUGAUGUACAAGCGAAAGGUGAUGAAACGCGAGCUGUACGAUUGGUUGGUGCGGGAGAAGAUCGCGGAUGGGAAUUUGAUAUCAAAGUGGAGGAAACCCGGGUACGAGAAUCUGUGCUCGCUGUUGUCGAUUCAGAAGUCGUCGACGAAUUUCGGUACGACGUCUCUGUGUCGGGUACCGAUGGGGUCGAGGGCGCCGCAACAGCGACUGACGCCGAACGUGCGAACGGGGUGCAUCUCGUGUUGCUCUGGAGACGGUAUCAUGGGUGGACCGAUCUGGUGGAACACCCCGAUCACGGAAGAGGUGGAGGCCAAGGUGAACAAGAAGAGAAAGGCGAACGAGGCGCAGGAGGAGGAUGAAGAAGAUCCUGCCGUCGCUGCGCGCAUCGCCGCUCUGCGGAAAGAGAUGGCAGCGGGGAAAUGA